UCUCGCGUGACUACAGUUCCUCAAGCAAGAAGACAAGACUAGUGCAAAGAAGAAGUGUAAAAUCUCAAACUACUAGACCUACAGCUACAGAACGUCUACCUCUCUCUGCAAGAAAGCAAUGACUGAAAUUGUUGAAACAACCCCAGCUCCUCCACCGGCUGACUCUGGAUCAGUGUACGGAUGGCUCUCCACCAACCCUAUGGCCUCUUCUGCUGGGAACGCUCUCUACGCUGCGUAUGAAGGCUCUAAAGGCUACAGCAGGGCCAGUGACUAUGCUCUGGGCACCAUUGAAAGCUCUGUAAAGUUUGCUGCUGGGACAGCAGCUCCUCUUGUCAAGAAAUUGGACAAACCAAUUCAUGCAGUCGACUCAUUUACUGCAAAACAACUGACGAAACUCGAGGAGAAGGUGCCUGCUAUCAAGUCUGAGCCUGCUGAAGUGAUGACCUACCUCACCGAGAGCAAGGAUGCUAUCACCACUAAAAUCAGCGAUGGGCACACAGCCGUCAAGACCCGCAUCUCCGAGGGGAAAGAAGCUAUUACGAGUCGUGUGGUUGCUAGCAAAGAUGCGGUUGUCUCUAAAGUUCAAGCAGGGACCGAGGCACUCUCUCAGACUCGUGUUGUUACCAUGGCUAGCCAAGGAAAGGAUGCCAUUGUCAGUAAAGUCUCCGAAGGGAAAGAAGCUAUUACGAGUCGUGUGGUUGCUAGCAAAGAUGCGGUUGUCUCUAAAGUUCAAGCAGGGACCGAGGCACUCUCCCAGACCCGUGUUGUUACCAUGGCCAGCCAAGGAAAGGAUGCCAUUGUCAGUAAAGUCUCCGAAGGAAAAGAAGCUGUGACUACUCGAAUUACAGCUGGCAAAGAUGCACUGUACUCUUCUGUACAAUCAGGUGCUUCUGCUGUGGCCAACACACGAGCUGGCAUCCUUGUAGGUAGCGGACUCGAUCGUACCCUGACUGCCACUGAGAACAUUGUCGAUUACUUCAUCCCAGCCGAAGAAAACGAGAAGGAGCUUCUAUCAGAGUCUGUCAAGAUCAAAGAAUCGGUUGAGAUGACCACUAUCAAGUCCACCGAGGAAGGCACCGUUACUGAGGAGGUCGAGGAAGAUGUGGUUGUGGUGGAAGAUUGCCAAAAUUGCCAGAAAUGUGAAAAUUGUCUCGGACAAGUUGAAAAAAGUGGCCGAAUUGAACGUAUCAAGACUCUCUCUCGAAAGGUCAAGCUUCGAAUCUACUACCGUUCCAUGCGUCGUCUACAAAGUGUGCAACAGCAGAGCAAAUCCUCCUUGGAGCAGCUCAAAGCAGCCGUUGAUCUGCUCAAGUUGUCUCGGGACCUCCGUGAGAAGGCCGGCCAACAGUACGAAAACAUCUCCUCUACACUCAAGGACCUUCAAGAUCAUGUCAAGGAAAUGCUCUCACGUACGGCCCAAGGGGAGGAGAACAAGGUCACCUGGUUACCUGACGAGACUGAAGAAGACAGCCAGAUCGAAUGGCUCAAACCCAAACCCACACGAUUUCAAUCCACCCUGGACUAUUCCAAACAGCUGAGCGAGAGAGUGUAUUCUGGUCUCAAGUCCAUCUCUGGUGCCACCUCUUAUCUUCCCCACCAUCUGAAGGGAGGGGCCACUCAGGCUUAUGACUACGCCCAGGAACUCUACACUCAACUCAAACCCGUGCAAACCCCAAGUGACCUCUCUAAGAAAGCUCUGGACCGUAUCUCUGAAAUCGUGGACACACAACUCGGAUAUAUUCGUGGACUUGGAACUUACCUGACCUCUGUGCUUAAGCGUGGGCGUACUGAGGAGACCACUGAAGCUGAUGAUGAUGAUAAUAAGAGUGACAAUGGAGAAUUGAGUGAGGAUGAACAAGAUGAUGAUGAUGACCUGUCUGUUGACCCCUCCACCUCUCAGCCCCCAGGGAGUGAGAGCGAGGAUGAUCCCACUGAUGAAGAGGCUGCCUAAGAACUGUACCUAUACUUAUGUAUGCACCCCAUAUUCAACAGAUUUGCUGACACUGUACUUACUGAUAUAAACUUACGCUGAGAUAGCUCCCAUUAUUGCUGAAAUGAUAUUUUGUCAUAUAAA